AUGAACAGCGGCGACGGUCGAAGAGGGGCGGAGGUGCCCGGCAGCUACUGUCCUGCCUACCGCAGCGCGUCCAUCUCGCUAGACACAAACAAAGGCAACGCCGCAAUGACGUACAGUGUGCCCCCAAAGGAUGAAAAGAACCUCCACAUGAAUUCCAAAUCGGACGACAUUGAAAUGUACGUAGAAAAUAUGCUUAAUGAACUCAAAGGGAAAAUGCAAAAUUUGUCUAACAACUUGCUGAGCAAGGUAGAUAACAUGGAGAAGUCCCUUGAUGAGCUGGAGAAUGCCAUGUUAAAUUUUUCGAACAAAGCGGACGGGUGA